UAUACUGCGCGUGCCACGGCCAGCGGCGCUGGGAGGAACGGAACCGUUAAGUCCAACGAUGGCACCGCCACCCCAUUGGACAUCAAACUGUCCAUGCCAAAAGCGCUUGGUGGAGACGGGAAAGGUCAUAAUCCUGAACAAUUAUUUGCCAGCGGCUAUUCCGCGUGUUUUCUUGGUGCGCUUCAGGCCGUUGCAGCGCAGAAAGGGAAGAAAGAUGCAGUAAAGGAGGCAAAAAUUGACGUUGCCGUUCAUAUUGGACCUCCUACCGAUAAGCCUGGCUUUGGGAUAGCGGUUGAUAUCAAGGUUCACGGUGUCCAUGAUAAGGACCUCGUUGAAGCUGCCCAUGAGUUUUGUCCCUAUAGCCGCACUUUGGCCCAUGGCGCUGUCGUAAAAGUGACCUCUUGA